AUGCCUUCGCAUACUCCGCAUACUCCUUCCGUUCAUCAUAAUCAUCCAACUUCAAUAUCCCGAAAGAACAAUCAUAAUUAUUCAAAUAAUGAUAAAUUUAUUCCAGAUAAAUCUGAACAUUUAUAUCAACUUCAGUUGCAACGUCAACAACAGAAACAAUUUUAUGAUCAACUGAAAGAUAUAUCGAUGCCAAUAUACGAGGAUCACAAUUAUUUGCAAUUCCAAGAGAAUCGUGAUUCUGACGGACGUUCUUCUCAAUCAAACCACCGUCUUCAGCCUCAAUUAUAUCAGCUUCCAAAUUUAUAUAAACUGUCCCUGCAGUUAACAACUGAGUUAAAUAUACAUAAAUGGUGGGAUAACGUAAUCGACAUUUUUACUUCUUCUUAUUAUGCUACGAGGAUUCUACUAUCGGUACCUCAUGAUUUAACUGAUACUGUAAAUACUCCUUGGGGCGUAAAAGCUAUGUAUAAUAAAAACUUUUAUUGUAAUAGUAAUACUUGUUAUUCGGAAAGUGCCACUGAUAGUUGUUCAUCUUCGUCGAGUGAUACUGGACAUUCGGUAUUUGAAAAUUUAAGAGGUUUCGAUUGUGAUUCUGAACCCUUGGUAGAUAAUUCUGGCAUUCUUAAAAUUUUACAUUGUGGAAAAAUUGUCGUGUUGUCUAGAGAGUAUAGAUUACCAAGUGAUGAAAAUACCUCAAAAAAUAAAGACAAUUACUCUAAUUUUAAUAGUGAGAUGAAGAAUCAUUGGUCAAGAUUUCGUAAGAAUUUAAGAUCAACUGAAAAUAAAGGUGUUCAAAAAAAUCUUGGUUGGGACAAUGUUAAAGACAAUCAUUGUACUGAUGAACAAGGUUCAUCACGGGCUAGGGUACUGGAUACACCUUGUUUAAAUAAUUUGGAAGAGGGUCAGGGCAAUUAUUUUCAAGAUGAUUUAUUUGAUAUUGAAAAAUCUUCAAGUUAUCAUCAUCGAUUAUCUGACUAUGAGGAAUUCGAACAACAACAACCUUCUCCUUGGUCUCAAUCUCCUGCUCCAUCUCCAGCUGUAACGGAUCUAAAUUGUAAUCCUUUCUUUCAAGCUAUACCUGAAAUUGAUGAUGAAGCAUUUAAUCCCUCCUCUUCAAGUACUUCGUCUCCUGAACUUCAUUCCUCACAUAACUUUAACUAUCCGGCUAUUACAGAUAACAAUGUUUACUCUAUUGUACAUAUUCCAUUAAUUCAUCCUACUACUGUUAAAAAUGUGGUUCCUACAAAUACAAAUCGCGCACCUGUACCUAUAGCAAUUUUAUCGUUUCUUUCAUGCCUUGUUCCUUAUCCAUCGGAUUUAAUUAACUCUCUAAAAGGUCUGGCUCCGUUCUUGGCAACAACCUUAUCAGUCUCAAUGAUACAUCAGCAGUCUGUUGUCCAAUUAUCUUGUACAACUCCAACUAGAUUAGAAAGACGUCGUAGUAGUCAACAUUCUAAUAUGACUGCUACUCCAUUUUCUACGGAUUCUUUGGUUGAUGAUGAUGAAUUUAGUUUAUCAUCUGGUGAAUGUUCGACAGCAUCAACAAAUUCUUCAAAAUGGACUGCUUAUGGUUGUAGUCCAAGUCUAGACUCGGAUAACGAGAUGAAUUCAUUUAGUAAUAUACAGGAUUUCACGAGAUCUGAUAGUUAUGAACAUACACCGGUCUCUGAUACUAUACCUCAUCCACACACUUUCAUAACAUCACGUCGUUCGGCGAAAAAUCAAGAUUUACUCGGGCGUGGGUGGAUAGAAGUUAUACAUCCUGAUGAUCGAGCCAACGUUUUGGAAAUGUGGAACACUACAUUUUUACGUGGAGAAGGGUCAAGUGCUAACUACCGCAUGAAACGAUUUGAUGGACAAUAUCGUUGGUUUCUUGGUCGUGCUGGUCCCUUACGUGACGCAAGAGGUGUUAAUAUUCGUUGGUUUGGAACUUGCAUUGACGUUCAUGAUCAAAAAUUGGCUGAACAACGCCAAAGUCGACAACUUCAUAUAGAAGCUAGUGAAAAAAAAUAUCGACUUCUUGCAGAUGCAAUACCUCAAAUAGUAUUUACUGCUACACCUAAGGAUGGUAUAACAUAUGUAAAUGAUAAAUGGUUGGCUUAUUCCGGUCAAACCGAGGAACAAGCAAAAAAUUUAGGAUUUUUGUCACACGUUCAUCCGGAUGAUCGUGCGAUUUGUCGUUUACCGGAAGAUACAGCACCUGAUAUGGAAAUGGUAUUAGAGCAAAAACUUAAGGAGGCUCAUGAUGCAGCUAAAAGAUCAAUGGAAAAAAUUCGUACACCAUUGAUUGGCAUUACUGGCAUGAUUAAUUUCAUGCUGGCUACUAAUCUAACAACUGAACAACUUGAUUACGCGCACACAAUUCAACAAUCUGCAGAUGCAUUGCUUUUAGUCAUAAAUGAUAUAUUGGAUCUGAGUAAAGUUGAAGCUGGAAUGAUGAAACUGGAGAUGGAGCCUUUUUCACUUCAUAAUAUGAUCGAAGAUACCAAUGAAUUACUUUCAACAUUGGCAAUACAAAAGGGUCUUGAACUAAGUUUUAUAGUAGAUGAUAAUGUUCCCAACGUUGUAUGUGGAGACAGAGUAAGGUUACGUCAGGUCUUAUUAAAUGUUAUAGGGAAUGCAAUCAAGUUCACCUCGAAAGGAGAAGUUUUUUCUCGUUGUUCUAUACAUCCAGAAGAAUCAGGAAUUAACGAGAGUGAAGUUAUGUUGUUGUUUGAGGUUGUUGAUACUGGUGACGGGUUUGAUUCUGGAGAGGAGGCUGCUAUGUUUAAACCAUUUUCUCAAGUGGAUACGUCUGUGAAUCCUCGUCCAUCGACACCAACUUCCGAGGAGUUCAAUCCGUUUCUUCGGAUUAGCAAGUUUGCUGUGCAGAAUGAUAUUAGUUAUUCAUCUUCAAAUUUACAGCCAUUAAAUCUAACAUCUUCUCCUGUGUCAACUGUCUGCCAAAAUUCUCCUGAGUCAACCGUCUGCCAAAAUUCUCCCGUGUCAACCGUCUGUCAAACUUUAGAACCUUCACUCCCAAAUCCAUUCGGUUGUAUAGAAUCCAAUAAUAAUAAUAAUGGAUCAUUGCCUGAGUUAAUUUUACCAUCGUCGAAGACCUCAACACCGACCAUUUCAAGGCCUUCCACUCCGUCAUCAAAGAUUCGAAAAGUUAAUUUGCUCCAUCCCGUUUGUGUUCUUAUAGUGGCCGAUCUACCCCGAUCACGUGAAACUUUGGUGCACUAUGUUCGCUCCAUUCUUCCUAAAUCACCAACACCUGAUAUUGAUAUUACUUGCAACUAUGACGAAGCUAAUGAUCGACUUACAAGUUCAGAAAUAAAGUCUUAUACACACAUUAUUAUAAAUUUAGUUUCUCAAGAUCAUAUUAUUUUACUUUCUACUAAAAUCAAAAAUUUGACACACCUCUCGCUCACCAUUACUGUAAUAUUAACCACUCCAAUUCAACGUGCUGGAAUUAUGGAGGGUGCACGAAACGAUUUACCAGAACGUGUUGAUUUUAUUUUAAAACCUCUUAACAGAACCAAAAUGGAAGGUUUAUUUGAUCAUACCACCACAGUACGGGAUAAUUUCUUAAGACGCAGAAACACGCAUCAAAUAGUUGCAUCUCAAAGAGAAGUGUUUAAACGUAUGGCAGAUGCUGUUGGUGACAAAGGAUUUAAAGUCUUGUUAGUUGAAGACAAUUUUGUUAAUCAGAAAGCUGAAAUUCGAUCGUGGGAGGCUGAACAUUUAACGGAUGAACCACCGAUCCCAAUAAUUGCACUUACUGCGAAUGUGAUGUCAGACGUGGCGGAAAAAUGUUUUGAAGUUGGAUUUACAAGCUACGUCAGUAAACCUGUUAGCUUCUCUAAAUUAAGUGAU